AUGAUGAUCAUGAAACGUGGCAAAAUCGUCGGAAAAGCCUUUAACAACCUUCUUUUUCACCACCACCACAACUGGGCUGCCAAUUCCUUCCACCAUCACCCACACUGCCUCUCCUCCCCCACACCAUCAUCCGACGAAUACGAGUUUAGUUGCACCACCACUCCUCAAUACCCACUUUCUCUUUUUUCCCCAAACAAACAACACAAAAAGAAAAAUGACCAUGGCGAGUACACCACAAAUAUUGAUAUGAAUCAUCAUGAUGAUAUGAUUAUCAAUAAUGCUUCUGUAAUAAAGGCAUUAGAGAUGCUAACAAGUACCAAUGCAUCACCGGCUCUCCCGAAAUUUGGGAAGAGUCCGACGGUUAAGCAGUUGAGGAUAACGGAUUCGCCAUUUCCAUUAAGUAAUGGUGAAGGAGAUGGUUAUAAAGUGGAUGAGGCUGCUGAGAAGUUUAUUAUGAGGUUCUAUAAUGAUUUGAGACGUCAAAACUAA